GCACGUCUAAAUCACAUGGUGUCUCCUCUCCAGUUGAAAGGGAUACAAAAUUACCUUGUUUUGCUAACUCUCAUACCCAACUCAACAGCUGUAUAUAUUCCUAAUCUUCCCCAUAUCCCUCGUGCGCUCCUUCAUAUAUAUAUAUCCUCUCGUCUCCAUUCCUCUUCUCCACCGCAAAACUUCCAUUUCUUCCGGCAACAAACAAUCAUGGUCGGCGUUUUCUUACGCUCUCUUUCUUUUCCUAACAAAAACCCUAACCGCUCGUCAAAGCCACCCCUCUCUCAUCACAUCAGAUCCAUCAGUCUUCCAUGCAGAUCACACCCUUUAAUUUCCCAGCUCAGUGACGCCGUCAAUGAGCUCAAAAUUUGGUCUUCCAAAUCGGAUAAUCGCACUUCUUCUUGGCUUUGCGACGGCUUGACUCGUCUUAAACUCGUUCAUGACUCUCUCGAUGAUCUACUUCAGCUUCCUCAGACUCAAGAAUCUCUCCGCCGAUAUCCUGAUUGGAUUGAGAAGCUUCUCCAAGAUUUUCUUCGGUUCGUUGAUGUAUACGGAACGUUUCAGACAUCUGUUCUAUCGCUUAAAGAAGAUCAGUUUGCUGCUCAGGUUGCUGUCAGGAAAAGAAACGAUUCGAAAAUUGCUUUGUACGUUAAAUCCCGCAAGAAAAUGGCUAAAGAAAUGUCGAAACUCGCCAACACAAUUCGAGAUAUUUCGCCAAGCUUUGUUCCUGGUUUAGAUUCAUUGUCCGUUAAUGAUACUGAACUAGUUGGUGUUAUCGGAGAUGUAAUCGAAGUCACGCUGUCGGUUUCAGCUGCGCUGUUUAAUGGAAUUUCGACGUCGUUUAGUUCAAGAAAAUUAUCUUCUUGGACGGGACUGAGGUUACUUAUUAGGGCAAAGAAGGUGAAAAUUCUUGAAGGAAUUCAAGAAUUUGAAGAAGUUGGUGUGGAGAAUUUGUGGGGAUUGAGAAAGAAGGGUGAUGAAGAAGUGAGAAUGGUUUUGAAAAGAAUGGGGGAUUUAGAAUUAUGUAUUAAUGGAAUUGAAAGUGGUGGAGAAAAAGUGUUUAGGAGUUUGAUUAAUACUAAGGUUGCACUGCUUAACAGUCUAACAGUACAUUAGAUUAGAAGAAAAUACAAGAGAUUUGGAUGAGUUCUUAUUCAUUUCAAAGUAGAAAAAGAAAAAAAUAUUAUUAGUGCGCAUAUAUUUUUCUUUC